UCUGCUAUUGUUUUUGUCAUAAGACUUUACAUAAGCUGUGUUGCAUCCCUGGCAGUAACCAUGGUGAUGAAAUCCAUAUAUGGCUCUCAUACCAUCUGUUAUGAGCCAGACCCAGAGCACGUGUUUGGCAGAGCCCUAUGGAAGCAGUAUGGUGCCAUUCAUCUCCCCACAGAUCACUGCAUUCAGGAAGACAAACAGGAACAGAAGUGUAACCAUUCAGAAGUGCAUAACAGCACGGGAUUAGAAAUAAUUGCACAUAACCAAAAAUCAUAUGUGGUGCAUUUAUUAUGAUCACCAGUUUGCUCAAAGCCAACAAUAAUACAGACAAGAACGAUUAAAAGAGUUUUCCUUUAAUAAAUAGGAAUAUUAAAGAAAGAGGAUGAAUUCAUUUGAUGCGUAUAUUUGUCUCCAAGUUCUUUUCUGCAGUUCGGACGAAAACAUAACAGAACUGAUCCACCCUAUUAUUCAUUUCUCCGAAAUAAUUAAAUAGAAAAUAAAGGGUGGAGUUAAAUUCGAAAGGAUAGGGGUGUCCAAUCAGAGCUCGAUAUAUUCUUACGUCAUUUGUCAAGCGCGCCAAUGACGACGCAGCAUUCAGUCAACAACGAUGUUGAGCUCUUUGAAUUUUCUGCUCUAACAAUAACUGAAGAACACGAGAAGAAGAACCUUUGGGAACUCGCAGAGUUAACGUGAGGGGUUCUAACUUUAGUUCUGAGCAUGCCAUUGUGUCUUUGAGGAGCAACACAGCUUUUUCAGUAAACAUGAGCUGGGCUGUAGAAGAGUGGAAGGAUGGCCUUCCUGCAAAGGCUUUACAAAAGAUCCAAGAGAUUGAAGGCCAACUUGACAAGUUAAAGAAGGAGAGACAACAGAAACAGUUUCAGCUGGAUUCCCUUGAAGCUACAUUACAAAAACAGAGGCAAAAGAUGGACCGUGAGAAAAGUGAAGCAUCUGCCCUUAAGAGGGAAAAUCAGACUUUAGUAGAAUCUUGUGAAGGUCUGGAAAAGUCUAGACAGAAACUUACGCAUGACAUCCAAACUAAGGAGCAACAGGUGAAUUAUCUGGAAGGUCAACUCAAGUCAUGCAAGAAGCAGAUUGAUAGACUAGAACAAGAGGUCAAAAAGUACAAGCAUGAAUUGGAACGGUCCCAAACUUCACAAGUUUCAGAAAUCCAACAGUUUAGUACGCCACAGAAAGCAUUUGCCACCCCUGCGACACCUAAUCAUUGGCAACAGGACUCAAAAAUAAGUGACCUACAGGAAAAGUACAAUCGAGAGGUUGAGGAGCGGAAAAGGUUGGAAGCUGAAAUCAAAGUCAUGCAUGUAAAACUUCUGAACCAGUCUGCAGUCAGCCAUAAAGACAUUGCAAGACAGCAGGCAGGGUCCUCAGUUUUCCCUUGGCAGCAAGACCAAACACACAGUCAUCAGUCUCUGACUGUGAUGGAGACACCCUCUAGGAGAAGAAAUGGACCCUCUGGGAUGUCAUGGUCUUAUGAUGACACACCACUUAAGCCCCACCAGCAGUUCACAUCAAGCACUCAAAAUGACACAGCUGGAUCACAGCAGAUGGAACAGCUUAAGAAUAUAAAUCAAGAUAUGAGGUCAAGGGUUUCUGAGUUAGAGCUCCGUCUUCAUGCUCAAGAGAAGGAAAUGAAGAAUCAGAUCAAUAAAUUCAGUGAAAUUCAAAGUCAACUCGAAAUGGCCAGGAAAGAUCUGGCAGAAAAGGACAAACUCCUCAGCAAGUCCAGAGAUGAACUCACAAAGACUACAGGGCAGUAUGAGCAGUCUGUUUCUAAGUGUUCAUCCCUUGAGAUGAAGCUGAAGCAGGUAACAGAGGAGAUGAACUGUCAAAGACAUAAUGCUGAAAGCAUGCAUAGAUCUCUGGAGCAGAAAAUCAAGGACCAGGAGAGAGAGAGUCAAAAGGAACUUGCACAACUUCAAAGCUCCCAUCAAGCUCUUGAUCAGCAGUUUAACCAGGUGAAAAAUAAAAUGAGUAUGGAGAUCCAGCAAGCCAAAAAAGACUACAAUGUUAUGCAGUCAGAUAUGGAUAAGGUAACUGCUCUAAAGAAUCGACUGGAGAAAGAUUUAGAGGAGCUGAAACAGAAACUUCUCAGGUCUGAACAGGCAUUACAGGCCAGUCAAGUGAAGGAGACAGAGCUGAAGAAGAAAUUUGAUGAGAUGCAGAGAGAGAAGAAUACUCUCAGUUGUCAGUUAGAUCAAGGAAUGAAAAGUGUCAAACAACUUGAAGUGGAAAAACAAAAUAUUGAGCAAAACCUUGUCAAAAGCCGAACAAUGGUAGAUGAUUUAAAAGUUAAGACACAAACACAGAGUGAAGAACUGACUGAGCUUCGCAAAAAAUUGGACCGCCAAAGUGAAUCAUCUGCUCAAGAAUUGGAAAAUGCCAAAAAAACUCUGGCUGAAACAGAAGCAAUGAAUAUGAAGACUCAGGCUGAGUUGCAAAAACUAGUUGAUGAAGUUGAACUCAAAGCCAAAAAGAUUUGUGUUAUGGAGAAAGAAAAUGAAGACCUCAAAAUGACCUCAAGCUCCUGUCAGAAAGAAGUUGCUGAGAUGAAGAAAGACUAUGAGGCUCUUCUGCAGUGGAAAACCGAAAAGGAACAGUUGAUUAAUAACACUGAAUCCAACCGCGAAGAAAUGCUGAGGAAAAUUGAAGAUCUGGAGAGUGACAAGGCCAAACUCAGUGAUGCUCAUGAUGGUCUCCAGAAAAGAAUGCAGGAUUUAGAAAACGAGAAGAUUUGCCUAUCUGGUCAGAUUGAUUCACUCAAAGGUGAACUGCUUGUAAAAUGUGUGGAGCUGGAGGAAAAGGGUAGAGUAUAUGAGGAGCUUCAACAGCAGUUUAGUGAGACACAUCAAAAGCAUAAUAAGGAGGUGGACAAUUUGAAACAACAAAUCACUCUGAUGCAGGAGCAUGUGAGUGAGCUUGAAGCUAAACUGCAUCAAAAAACAAGUAAAGUGGAAGGAUUGGAGAAGACCCAUUGUCAACUCCUUGCCGAAUAUGAAAGUGCUUGCGUCCUGGCUAAAUCAAAGGACUCUAUUAUUGAAAUGAACAGAACUGAGAUUGAGCAUCUUCAGGAAACCUUUGCCUUGCAAGAGCAGGAGCUAGAGAAAUUCAAAGAGGAGAAAAACAUGUUAGCUAAAGAAUGUGAAGACCGCCUUGUACAAAACAAAGAGCUGGAACAAGAAAAACUGAAUGUGGAAACAUCCCUGCAGGAGGUACUGAAGAAGAUUGCCCUCUUGGAAUCAGACAUAAAGUCUCAAAAAGAUCUAAACGCAGAUGUCCUAGGAAAAUAUGAUGAUCUUUCUAAAGUCAAAGAAGAUCUUGCAGAGAAAGUUUCUUUAGUGGAAAAGAGGGAAAAAGAUCUUAUUCAUGAAGUUGAAUCUCUGCUACAAAAGAAUAAGUCCUUCUGCUCUCUUGAAGAGCAGUAUAAUUGUCUUUUUUCUGAGGCAGAAGAAUCCAGAAGUUCCCUGGAGAAAGUAAAGGAAUUACAAGUUCAGACCGCCAUGGAGUUGGAAAAUCAUAAGGCAAUAGCUGAGAAUCUUGCUGAAGGCAUAGAACAAGAAAGAAGGAAGGCAUCAAGCUUGGAGCAUGAUAAUGCACAACUCAAAAUGAAACAACAAGAGGUCGAAAAUAAAGCUAAUGAUCUAGCUGAGAAGUAUGAAAGCCUCCAGAAUUUCCAUGAUGUUGUGUGCCAAGAGAAAGAAAAUCUUCUUAAACAGGUUUCUGAAAUGACAGGAGCACUUGCUGAAAAAGAUGCAAUGGCAGAAAAGAUUGUGUUUAUACAAACUGAGCUUGAAGCCUCAAAUCAUUUGUCUACCACACUAAAGGAUUCACUAGAAAGUUUUCAGAAACGGUUUGACUCAUCUGUAGAGCAGAAUUUAAGUCUGGAAAAAAAUUUGCAAGGCAUAUCUGAAGAAAAAGUGUUAUUAGAGACAAGUAUUAAGAACCUCACUGAAAGACACAACAAGGAAUCUGAAGUCCAUGUUUUUGAAAUAGAAACUCAUCUUAAAAAACAAAAGAGUUUAGAGGAGCAAAUCACUGUUCUUGAGGCAGAAUUACAGAGCAAAUACGUAGAGGCCAAAAAUGCUUCAGAGAAACUAGAGGAAGCUGCUCUUGAAAAGGUAAAGUUGAAGGAAGAUCUUGACUUAUCUAAGGACCAACUCAGAGAGGUCACUGAUUCCUAUCAGAAUGUUGCAAAGGAACUACAAGACUUGAAACAAAGUGCAUCUCCACAUGAGCAGGAGAUAGAAAGUCUCAAAACUACUUUGGCAGAUUUAAAAAGCCAAGAAGCUGCAAAAUCCUAUGAGAUUGAAUCUUUGAAAGGAAAGGUUCAGGAGGCUCAAUCUGAGCAAGCUAAAUUGUUAGAGGCACUGAACGAAAAAAACAUUAACAUGAGCAAAAUCAAAGUACAGCUUGAAAUGUUGCAGAUGGAUCUUGAAGAUAAUGAAUCCUGCAUUAAUUCAUUUGAUGCACAAGUAGAGGCACUGCAAGGCAACAUCAGUGUUCUGGAAGCAAAGUUAUGUGAGAGUGAGGCACAGAGGUCCAUCCUACAAUCAGAGCUUGAGUCCAUCAAAGAAGACUAUGCAAAGAGUGCACUUGAAGCAUCACAGCUAUCUGCAUGUUUGGAGGAAACGCAGAAAGAACAACAAUCCAGUUCUGCAUUAGUUGCUGAGUUGGAGUCUUUACGUGUAACCCAUGAAACACUUAAAGUUUCCCUAGAGCAAGAGAAUUGUAAGCAGGCAAACCUUGAAGCAAUAUACAACAAAAACGUUAAGUUGGAAUCUGAUAUUCAGAAAUUAAAAGCAGAUGCCCAGAAUUCCCUGGAGCAAAUAGAUAAGUUAAAGCAGGCAAACAAUUCUCUGGUUUCUCAGAUUAAGGAACAGCAAACUUACAUAGAACAGCUUCAAACUGAGAAGAUUCUUGCGGCAAACUCUGAUGCAGAAACACUGGAAAACGAGCAAACCGCAAAUGAGAAUAACCAAGUUAUUUGCGAAAUGCCAUUUGCUAACACAUCUAUUUUGCCCUUAGAAGGUGAGCAUCUUGAUUCACAAGAAGAGGCCCAAACAUUCUCGUUAUCAGAUGAGGAUGACAAACACAUACCGCUUAAAGAGCAAAUGCAAAAUAAAUCCAGGGAGCUUGAGGAGAUAACUCAUGUUCUUAAGGAGACUGUCAGAACCAUGGAGGAGCAAACAGAAGUUAAAAUAGAGCAACUCAAAUUACAGCAUGCUGAAGAGCUCCUGAGGAUGGAGGAGCAAAUGCUCAGUAUCAAAAAUGAGUUGAAGGCCAAACUUAAAGAAGAAAAGCAACACACAGAAAUCUUGUCCUCACAACUGAAGGCGACCAUGCAACAAAUGCAGGAAUUGGAUCUUGCAUCAUCCUCCUUGCUGGCUACUAAAACCUCCCGGGAAAUUGAAAAAACGACAAACGAAGCACAAGAGAACAUAAUGCAUCAGCCUGAACAGUCAGACUCCACUCCAGAUAUUAGCCCAGAAAGUGAAAAAUCACAUGUGGAAUUUGAAACACUUAAGGAAACUCUAAGGACACCAGAAACGGAUCUUGCUCAUUUGCAGUCCCAGUUUGAAGUCUUGGAAUCUGAACUGGCAGUUAGAAAAGAUUUGUGCUCGGACUUGGAGGGUAAAAUUCAGGAAAUAGAAAUAGAAAAUACAAAAAGCACAGACAAGUUGAUGUCCAUCACUCAAGAAAACAAGGAACUGAACAACCACAUUGGAGAGCUGACAGAGGAGAUUGAUUCAUUGAGACUACAGUUGCAGACCUCCAAAUGCCAGCUCUCAGAUGUUAUUGAGAUGAUGGAAAGCUUAGAGAUGGCAAAAGGUGAGUGGGAUGAGAAGUUUUUCCAGAUUGAGAGCGAACUAAAAAGAGUGCGUUCAGAGAAGGCCAAUUUAGAGAAGCACAUCCUGUCCAUGGAGGCUGACAUAGAAGAGAUACAAGAACAGAAACAGAAGCAAGCGGCAGAGCUUGAAGCAGCUAAGAGGACAAAUUGCAGCCUUGAACAACAACUUAAUAUAACUAUGGCAGAAGGUGGGCGACUUAAAGAAGAGCUUAUUUUGUGUGCUGAUGAAAGGGAAAGUGAAAAUCUCUCACUAAUGAAGUGGAAAGAAAAGGCUGAGCUUCUGGAGAAGAGAGAGACGAAUACACGAGAACUUAUAAAAGAGCUAGAAGAGGACAUUAGGAUUGGGAAAAGACAAAACAAGGUGACAGCUAACCAAAUUGAUGCCCUGCUGAAAGAAAAAGAGCAAUUAAUUCAGCAGUCUCAAAACCUUGAGAAUACAGUGGCUCUUUUGAAUGAAGACAAUAAAAAACUGUUAAGUGAAUUGAAUAGUUUAAAGAACAAUGAGAAUUUUGCUUCAAGAGAGUCUGAAAACAUGUCUUCCAAAAUCCAUUCACUUGAGCAUGAGAAUAUCAGGCUUGAACAGUCACUUGAACUGUCCCUUUUGGAGAAAGCUGAAAUAGCCUCUAGGUUAUUUUCCACUCAGGAGGAGGUAGUUCAGAUGAGACAAGGCACUGAAAAACUAAAGGUACAAAUUGAAUCUGAUGAACGGGAAAAGAACCACACGAGUCAGCUGCUCAAAGCUGCACAGAGAAAGGCAGAUGUUCUUCAGGACAACAUUGAAAAGUUUGAGAGAGAGAAAGAAUUUUCUGACCAGAAUCUAGAGGAUGCUAUUCUUCAAGCAGAGAUGGCCAAAGACGAGCUCGAGGAAGUACAGGCUAAAACGCAAGAGCUUACCAAGAAAAUUGAAGAGAUGGUCAGUGAGCUAAAAGAUCUCAAGGAGGAGAAGUAUAAACUUGAGCAAGAACUUCAACAAAAGAACAACCUAAUUGACGAAUUGCAGUUGUCCAAUCAAGCAGCUACUGAAAAGCUUAAAUCUGUGGAAGAGGCAACUGUGGACCAUCUACAAAUGAUCGAGGACUUCCAAUCAAAGGUUGGUUCAUCCAACCAGUCGCUCUUGAAAGACUUUGAAAACAAGCAGCAGGAGCUUCGCAAAGAAAACACACGACUUCAGUCACAAAUAGCUGAGCUGCAGGCACUAUCUUCUAUUCAGGAAGAGCGAGAUGAAUUGAAAAAGGACACGGUUGAGUUGCAGUCUACUAUUGCACAAUUGAAGGAGACGACACAGAUGCAGUCCACUGAGAUGGAGGUAUUGCAGACAAGUGUAACUUCUUUGGAGAAUAAUAUCCAACAGCUAGAGAGCCAGCUUGAUGCUGUGAAGCUCAUGAACUCUGAACUAACAGAAAAGUUAAAUGCACUACAUGAGAGCAGUUUGCACCUCCAGACACAACAUCUGGAAGAGCUGUGUGAGGCAAAAGAAAGGGAGAAUGGUUUGGAGAUUAAUCAAAAUCUACUGACUUGUCAACUGCAAGAGUCUCAAAAACAAAUCGAAACGUACAAGGUAAGCUUAUAAAAAAUGACAAAAAAAAAAGAAUACAUACAAAAAAAUAUAGCUCAUAUUCAAGAAAUUCAUGAUGUUCAGAUAAAGGAAAUCAACAAGGGGCACGAGGAGAGCCUGAAACAUGUACAGCAGCAGCAUGAGAUGGAGCUUAAUAAACUGAAGGAAGAAAUUAUGGCAGCUGAAGAAAAGGCUGCACAGUAUCUAUCAGACUUCAGUAGCUUUAAGUCUCAAAAUGCAGAUGUGGACUCUACCUUAAAGGAGUUACAAAACCAGUUGGAACAUUAUGAAAAAGAAAAGACAGAGUUAGACUCAAAGGUUGUGCGCUUGUCCAAAGAGAAGGACAGUGCUAUGAGUAAGAUCAGUUUGUGGAUGAAGUCGUGCAAACAGCUGGAGAGUGAGAAGGAGGCACUUCAAGAAGAACUUCAGCAGCAGGGACAACAGAUAGCAGCACUGCAGGCCUCACAGAAACAAGGUGAUGCCGGCAGCAGUGACGGCCUGCAGGAAGAACUACAGGACCUGAAGGAAGCUCUGGAGGAAAAGAGCCGUGAAGCGGAUGAGAGUAUGGACCGAUAUUGCAAUCUCAUGGUCAAAGUUCACAAGCUGGAAGAGACCAAUGAAAGCCUUAAGAACCAGCUCAAGCAGUUGAGCACCCAGACAAAGACCCCCAAGAACAGGAGGUCCCUCAGGUCCGAGAAGAGUGACCUGGAGAACAGUAAACCAGUGGAAGACAAAGCAAACGUGCCAGCAGGAAAGAGACUGAGAGCAGCAGAUGACACUCCUGACAAAGCACAGGAAGCCCUGCACAGUAUCACCAAGAGACUGAAAGCUGCAGCUGCCACACCUAAAGCCACACUAGAUGAUGAGGAUUUCAGACCAGAGCGUUUGCCUCAACUUGUUCAGAAAGGUUUUGCAGAUAUUUCAGUUGGAGAGAAGAGCCCAUUUAUUAUUCGCAGGACCACAGUGCAGCGCUGCAGCCCUCGUCUGGUCGCCCAGAAGACUGCAGCACAGCAGAGCUCAGUUUUAGCAGAAUGUCCUUUGCAAAUCUCCAAACAGACAGCAGAGGGCAAAAUGUCAAAAACCCUCCAGGUGCCUAAGGCGAUCCAGAGCAAUGCCGCUGUAUUAUCUCCACUCACCAACAGUCCACAGCAAAACAGCUGUGAAAGCCCAGCGCCUUCUACAGAGCAGAAAAUUAGCAGGCGCUCUCGCGGCUUCAAAAAGACCCCGGAGAAACAGGAACGGGUCAGUGCCUCUCCGAAACAAAAUGACAACUGCCAAGUUCAGUGAUUACUGGGGUGCCAUGCAAAUCUCCUAUUUUUAAUUUUUUUUUUAAUGCAAUAUUUUGCAGAAUGUUUAUGCACUGGCUUUUUAACUGUAAAUAAUAUUCAAGAGCAACUGUAUUCAUAUGUAUUUGGUCAUGUGUAUAUCUAUUUUUUUCUUUCUUUUUUACUGUUUUUAUGUGUUAUCCUUUAGACAGAAUAGCUGAAUAAUAUCAUUUAAUUGUAUGUAUUAUAUUGACCUGUUUUAUUUUAUCCUUUUGUUUUUAUUUGUAUAGAAACAUAACUAAUUACUCCAUUUUACCAUGUGUCAUUGCUAUUUCUUACUGCUUUACUAAAGUUCACUCUGUCUUACAGAUAUGUUUGUUUGUGUGCUUAUGUCAUCUAUAAGUGGCCUUUUGGCUGUUUACUCUGACACAAGAAUUACAGCAGACUUUAUUGGUAAGGAAUGAUAAAUUACAGCCUGAAAGCAUUAAGCUGUAUGUAGACAUUUAUAUGCCGACUAUCUAAUACAUAUGUCUAUUUUUAAUGGACACGUAAUAAGCAGGGAUCUAAUUCUCAAUCAGUUCAGAUUCUGACUCAAUACAGGUCCGCCCAGGGCUCUUAAAUCAAUACCCUUGCUCUUAAACUCAGUCUGAAAAUCUCCCCUAAAGUUUAGUUAAGGUCUAAUUGAGAGGAUUUGGGUAGAAAAAGACAGACUACUAUGUGAGGAUACAAUGUUUCAUCGUGGCUACCUCAAAAUUUGUUCCCUGAAAUGCAUCCUUCUUAUUAAUGUCAAUCCAUUUUACAUUAAUUGACACCAAAAGCUGCUUUGAUGUUGCAUUUAGUUUAACUAUAGACUAGAGUAACUAUACAGUUACUGUAGACAAAAUUUUAGUUGUCUUUUCUUUACCUAAUAAUAAUGCUAUUUUCAGCAUGAUGUGAUCAGCAGACCUGCCAACUUGUACGCAUUUUGACCUCAAAGUACGCUGGUACGAUUUGUCUUAAUAAUUUCAGCAAAAUGAGACCACAUAGGGCCUAUAAUACUCCACAGAUGUCCUUAUCACAUAAUAUGUGAAUUAUUUUGAUCGUAUGAGGGAAAUUGUGGUGCUUUACCAGUCAGAUACUGUCAACACUGAACAGUACAGAAUUCUACAUUAAUAUGUAGUAAAUAAAAAAUGAGAACACUUUUUAUACUUAUACAUUUUAACUUGUGCUACCAAAAUUGCGUGUCUGUUCCAUAACAUCACAUUAUUAUAUUAUAUUGCAAGCUGACAUUUAUAAUUAUUGUUUUGAGUUUGAGGUGUUGCCUUUUGGGUUAGAUCAUAGUUCAAAAUUUCAGGACAGACAGCUUUAAUAGAAAAUAUAAAUUUGACUGUCCACAGAGACAUUUUUAGAAUCAGAAUGUAGUCCCAUAUUAAAUUCCCUUCUUUCUGGUCAUGACAGGAUUGUGUGUACAAUACAGUACAAUGAAUUGUAAGGCAAAUAAAAGAUAUAAACAAAAACUCUAUUCACAUCUGCUGUACACUGAUCAGAGAGCAUUAAAACCACUGACAGAAGUCCGUAACACUGAUUACAUCAUUACAAUUGCACCUGUCAAGGGGUGAUAUAUGUAGAGAUUUAUAUGCAGGAAAAUAUCUAUACACGUGCCAUUCUGUUUCUGAGUUUGGAAUUUUGAUGUUACAUAUACUACUGAACAUAAGUGAAGUUUUAAAGGUGUCUGGUUAGGGAGUAGCAC